AAAGCCCAGAGAUCCAAAGAGCUCUACGAGUACCACACAAGAAGAUUCACUGUAGGGUCCUGAAGAAGAAUCCACUGAAAAACCUGAGAAUCAUGUUGAAGCUAAACCCAUAUGCAAAGACCAUGCGCCGGAAUACCAUUCUUCGCCAGGCCAGGAAUCACAAACUUCGGGUGGAUAAGGCACCUGCAGCAGUACGGGCCAAAUCAGAUGAGAAGGGGGUUGCAGGCAAAAAGCCUGUAGUAGUGAAGAAAGGAAAAAAGCUGGUUGGUGUUAAGAAGCAGAAGAAGCCUUUGGUGGGAAAAAAGGCUGCCUCUACCAAGAAACCUGCAGCUGAAAAGAAGCCAACAGCUGAAAAGAAACCAGCAGAAAAGAAACCUACCACAGAAGAAAAGAAGCCUACUGCAUAAACUCUUAAAUU